AAUUUCACAUCGAGGAGCUUUUACAUCCCACCGACUCUGUGAGAUUGCGGGUGGGGGAAAGAAAAUGCCAAACUGGAGCUAGACUGGACCAUAGCAUUAGGAGAGGAGGGGGAGCUCAUUCCAAACCUACUGUAGUAAGAGAGGUUAAACAAGGUAUGAAAAGUCCACCAAGCUGGAAAAAAAAAAAAAAAAACAAAUAAUUGAGGCCCACAAACAAUGGACACACAGAAAGCGAAUGGCGUUGCUCCAAAAGAAAACGGAAGUCAUAGAAGACCGCCCUCCUAUUCUGUCGAAACCCCAUAUGGAUUUCAUUUGGACCUGGAUUUUGUUAAAUAUGUUGAGGACAUUGAAAAGGGCAACACCAUCAGAAGGGUGCAACUUCAGCGUAGACCGCGUGGGCGGAGCAGCGGCAACCUGUCGCGUAACCUCAGCUUACCUGGGUACAGUUGCAGAUCUUCUCAGUGGAACUCAACGAGCAUCUGGUUUCCCAGAACUCGACUUGCAGACUCCCAGCAGCCAUGUGAUUUUCGCUGCAGCGACAGCGAGUCAGCUGGCUUCAGCAGGCAAUUGGAGUCUCCCUACAAAACCUCAAAGGCUUUUGACGAGCAACCGUUGGGACCACAUGUGAGACCGAAUCUACUGCGAGCCUCAAGUUUACCCCUAACAGUGUUACUGAGAAAAUACUCCACCGAGGACCCGACCAGCCCCAAUGGUUCAAGGGAUUUCCUCUCUCAGGAAAACGGUUCUUCCGAAGAUGUCUUCCACAGCCCAGGAGGCGUGAACGGGACUUUUCGGCAGCUGACUGCAGCUCUCCGGAGAGUUGGUGAGCUAGAAGAGGAGAUCAGGAUCAUGCCGGAACUUAAAGCACAGAUAUGUAUCUUACAGGAGGAGCGAGAGAGGCUCCUGCACACGUUCCAAUCCGAACACAACAACACCAUGACUCUGGACUUUCCUAGAGGUAUGGUGAAGACGGCGGAGAAGAAAAAUACAGUAAACGACGACUGGAUGGAUCGGGAGUACGAUCAGCUAGAAGAGAACGUCAAGGCUUCCUCUGAGCAAGCUGAUGCGUUUGCGAUAACCACAGAAAAAAAUUCACAAGCAACUAAGAGAGAUCAUGAAGAUGGGUCCCUCGCUGAGGCUUUGCAGAAGAAAAUCACAGUGCUUGAGCAGAAGCUUCACGAACUCAAGUCUGAUCUGGAAAAGACGACAAAACUUCUUAAGGAACAGGAACAGGAGAGUCGUUACAAGGACGAGCGAAUCAAUGAGUUGACCAAACAAUGUGCAAACAUCUGGGUUAGACCAGACAGCAUGAAGAACACAUCUGUGCAAAUGUAUUCACCUGAUUCUGAAUCUGAAUCAAGUAAAGCUAACCAGAUGGGUUCAGAGGAAGAACUUAAACCCUGUGCACCAAGAGGACCUGCAGGAUCCCAAGCAGACAUGGAGCGCCAUGUGAAAAAAGUCAGAAAGCUCCUACAGGAGCAGUGGGAGUGUCUUUGCAGAAACGAGGAACCAGGAAAAGAGUUGUCCUCUGAACAUCUACACCCACGCGUCUGCUCCAUUCAAACACAGCUGGUCUCUUUAGUCAACCUCCUUACACUCUAUAUAUCACCUGCAGGAGAUGCACCGCCAUCAGCUCAGGAGUCCAUGAUGGAGGACCACAUAUCUGUGGUGAAGACAUGGGAAAGUCUUAAAGAAGACUGUGGAAGAGACCGAUUUGUUCUCAGCGAUUCUGUUGAAGUAGUGGAGAGCAGCAUGAGGCCAAACGUUCCUGCUGAGGAGGGGUUUAACCAAAACAUUUCCCAAACUGAAGAUCUGCCAAGUUCUACACUGACCACCAGACAGCAAGAGCUCAUCAGGGAACCCACAGCGGAAACCAGACAUUUGAAAGUGGCUGAAGAACCUCACGAGGAGCAGGACAGGACAUGUGAAGCAAAAUGUCCAGAAGAUCAGGCAGUAGAAAAAGACGUCAAGCAGUAUGGCACAUGUUCAGGAGCUGAAUCAGAAGAGGCAGAAGGAGGACGGGGGGUGGACACUGACACUGACUUCAUGAACGCAUGUCACUUCUUAGAGAAGCACAUGGAUGAAGUUUCUGAACCAAAUGAUGAAAUGAGGCAGGCUCUGACCUCGGUGUUCCAGCAGUGGUUCCACGUGAGUGCUGAGGAGAACUCGCGUGCAGAGACGGUCGCGGUCUACAUUAACAAAGUAGCCACAGAAACGCCUGCAGUGCUGCAGUUCCUGGUCAAUAUGGUGGAUGAUAACGGGAACACAGCCCUGCAUUACAGCGUGUCCCACUCCAACUUCGGCAUCGUUAAACUCCUCUUGGACACGGGUGUGUGUGACGUGGACCUGAAGAAUAAGACCGGCUACACAGCGGUCAUGUUGGUGUCUCUCCAGUCGGUGGACGCUGAUACGGAUAUAAAGGUGGUCCAGCAGCUGAUGGAGCUCGGGGAUGUUAAUGCUCGUGCAGGUCAGGUGGGUCAGACCGCGCUCCACCUGGCAGUCAGACACGGCAGAACAUCCAUGGUGAGACUGCUCCUGUCACACGGAGCAAACGUUAACGCUCAGGAUCAAGCGGGAACCACAGCUCUGAUCAGUGCCUGUGACCGCGGACACGCCGACAUUGUCCGAAUUCUGCUGCAGGACCCUGACUGCGAUGUGAACCUCACCGAUAAGGGAAGUCGCAGCGCUCUGUCUCUGGCCACACAGGCAUCACACACAGAGAUCGCAGACCUGCUCAAAGCUCGGACCACCAACACUAAAGCCCACGACAAAUGCAAGAUGGCUUAGAUGCAAGAACCUGCUCUGUGGAGAACUUCAUGAACACAUAGAAUCCAUUCUGUAGGUUCAUUCUGGAACAUUACAGUUUUCAUUAGUUUCUGUAUUAAUUUGGUUCAUUUCAAUAACAAGGUGCUUUUAUCAUCAGUAAUUAUCAUCAUCAUCUAGUCUGAAAGACGGACGCACGGUGUCAACGAAAGACGAUUUGUGAAUGGUAAAUUAUUUGUACUGGAGUAUUUUUAUGGAAGACUUUCUAAAGUUUUGCAGUAUAUCCUGUAAAAUAAUCAGCAUUUCAGUCUACCAGCCUCUUUACAUUACAUGUUAGGCUUCAUUAUUCAGCUACGAUUUUGCAAACUAUCGCCUUGUUUAUAAUUCUGAUCCCAACGCUCUGCCUUAAAUUCACAUAAAUAUCCUUCAAACGAGUAACUUCCUGUUCUCGCUUACAUUAAAGCAGCUAUAAACACUC